CAGGUGCCGUCGAGUGGAGGGCGCAAAGAAGGCAUCCUUCGUCGUACCAGCAGCCUGGAAUGGGGGCGCAACCAGGCUACGGCGCACCGCCGACCGGCUACGGCGCACCGCCCGCCGGCUACGGGGCGGCGCCGCCCGGCGCCGCCCCUGGCGGGCAGCCGGGCUACGGCCCCCCCGGCCCGCAGCCGGGCGCGUACGGCGCCCACCCGGGCCCCGCCGGAGCGGCGGGCCCUCCCGGAGCCGGCCCCGGCGCCGCAGGUGCUGGCACAGGCUACGGUGCUCCGCAGGCCGCGCAGCAGCAGCAGGCCCCGCCGCCGCAGAACGGCAGCAACGGCAGCGGGAACAGCGACACUGGCAACAGCGGCAACGGAAACGGGGACAACAACGGCAGUUCUGGCGGGUCCGCCCCCAAGAGUGGCAAGGGCGGCUCCGAAGCAGCUCUCAUCAGCGGGCUCACCGUUCCAGCCGUCUUGGGAGUCGGAGGCAUCGCGGUCUACUUCCUCUUCUGCCGCAAGAAGCCUCAGGUAGACCUGGGCGGCGACUCCGCGAGCGAGAUGGAGGACAGCGACCUGAAGAGCAGCGCGGACGACAACAGCAGCUGAGGAUCCCAGCGGCCCAGCCGCUGACCGCCGCCCUGCUCGCUGUAGUCGCGGGGCCCAUGCCGCCGGGCAGGGGCCUCCCCGCGGGGCCUCGGGGCCUCGCCGCCCGCCUCGCCGGGUGCCGCUCGCCUCCCCUCGAAACCGGCUGCUUUACGUCGGGGCAUCUUGGGUUACUUCGCUCCGCGCGGCCCGCGAUGGUUUUCCCGCGGGCGUCAAUCGGAACCUCCCGCGUUCCGGAGGCCCUGGGUGUCCUCCCGGUGCCGCCUCGCGGAAGCAGCGCCCCGCCCCCGAAGAAGCCUCGCUGCGCCGCGGGUGCCUAGCGCGCUGUGGCUCCAGGGGCCCAGGCCCCCCCACACGGGGUCGGACCGUAUUAAUACUGGAGCACACCGCACCGCAUCGCCGGCGCGCCUCGGCGAUGCGCGGCGCGAGGGGCGCGGAGGCCCGACCUG